AUGAUUGAGCUCAAGCACCGCAGAGCUAGACAGUAUGGCACAGUGGAGUUGAAAAAUGAACCAGUGCCUCAACAUUGUGAUGUUGGCUUCGCUGUGACGCUGAAUGAUAUAGCAUGGUUAUUGCAUAAAAGGUACAGCAGUCGAAUGUUUGUUGGUUUUUCAGAUGGUCGCACGUUGUUCACAUGCUCUGCCGGUGCAUAUAAAGUUUCCGAAUGCUCUCCGCCUGUUAAACCUACCUCCUCUCGUUCCUGCUCCACCAUUGUUAAUGAGCUCCCUGGUUUCCCAGGCCUUCUUCCCUUUCGUCUAGAGACUGGGUACGUAAUGGUGGAUAAAAGGACAGGAACAGAGCUCUUCUACUAUUUCGUAGAGUCUGAGAGCGACCCUGGCAAAGACCCUCUCCUCCUUUGGCUCACCGGAGGUCCAGGCUGUAGCUCUUUCUAUGGCUUGUAUGAAGAGAUCGGUCCUAUGAGAUUCAAUCGUAUUCGCUAUAAUGGAACUUUGCCAACUUUAAAUUAUCAUCCUUACACAUGGACGAAGAUAUUCAACAUAAUCUUCUUGGAUUGGCCUGCUGGUACUGGAUUUUCAUUCUCAGAACACUUUGAGUACCAAAUGUUAGAUGAUUACCAAUCAAUUAAUCAAAUUCACACCUUCCUUAAACAGUGGUUUGUUGACCAUCCAAAUUUCCUCUUGAAUCCUUUCUAUGUUGGAGGGGACUCUUAUGGUGGCAAGAUGGCCGCACUUGUUUCUCAUAAGAUAGCCCAAGGAAUCGAAGCAUUUGACCCGCCAUUAAUCAAUUUCAAGGGGUAUUUAAUUGGAAACCCAAGAACAGGAAUUGAUGAAUUUGAUAUCAAUCCAAGAGUCGCUCAUGCAUAUGAAUUGGGCAUCAUUUCACAUGAAUUCAAGGAGUUGAUAGACAGACAUUGUGUUGGAGAAGAUUAUAUGCUCCCCAGGACUGCUCUUUGUACUGCACACCUCAAAAUCUUUCAGAAGUUCCUUGAUGAAAUUGUGAUUGAUAAUAUAUUGAUUCCGAAAUGCAUUCAAGACAAUUCAACCUUAGAGCAAAACGAAGGUAUCUUAAGGAGUCUCUAUGAAGAAGACGAUGAGGAGCCACCAAUUUCAAAGUCUGAUCUCAACUGCCCAGAUUAUACUUCAUAUCUUGCGUCGCGCUGGUUUGAUUAUUAUCCCAUUAGAGAAGCUCUUGGUGUGAAAAAGGGAUCCGUUAAAAUAUGGUUGGCAUGCAACUUACAACUGAAGAAGAUUUAUAUUGAGAACAUCCAUAGCAGUUUGGAUCACCACCAUAGUCUGCUAACACGAGGUUAUCGAGCUUUAGUUUACAGCGGGGAUCAUGAUUUGCGAUUUCCAACAAAGGGAACAUUGAAUUGGAUAGACUAUCUUAAUUUCUCAGUCAUUGAGCCCUGGAGAUCAUGGAAAUUAAACGGCCAAGUCGGAGGGUAUACAAUACUCUACUCAAACAAUCUAACAUUUGCUACCGUGAUGGGUGGAGGUCAUGAGGCACCACGAGACAAACCGAGGGAAUGUUGGACGAUUUUGAAGAGGUGGAUUUCUUAUGAAUCGUUGUAG